AUGUUUGUUUGGUGUGCUUCUUUUGAAUGUGUCACAAAUCUUGUCCUUCCAUGGCACCCGCAGCAAGCUAAAUUGGUGUGGAAAUUUGUAUGGAGUUUGACAGCUGAAAAUGAGAAGCAAUUUUCUGGAGAAAGAUGUGUUUCAUCAGCAUUUCUAGGGAUAUGGUGUCUCUCAACGGUGUACAACGCUUUUAAACUUCUACCAGACUUAUCACCCCCAAAAAAAUAUUUCUUGACCAUCUUUAGUUUGCCAUUGCGUAUCUUUAACAUCCAACUGAUUCUCAGUGUUAAAGCUCGAUAUAGUGAUAUUUUUGUUUUGACCUUUUCAAGUCUGGCCAUACCAACUUUCGCUAUUGGACUUUUAAAAUCUAUCGAUAUAUCCAUGAAUAUGGGUUUGCUAUUGGUCAGACAAGUACCAGCCAUUAUGGAUUUACUUGCUAUACAACUUUACUUGAAUGUCUUGAUCAAUAUUUGCGCAAUCAAUUUUAAACAGAAUUUAAUUGGUGGAUAUGAGAGUGAUAUACUUUUUGGUUUUUUUACUAUUAUUACUGUCAAACCUGUAGUGUAUUUUUCCCAGUGUAAUUGGCUCAAUGAGUAUUGGUAUAUUUCUAGAGCUCAAAAUCUUAUGUAG